AUGCCCGAUAAUACCCCCCGUAUAAUCCUGCUUGGCGACUCGCUGACCCAAGGCGGUUUCCAACCCGACACAAAAGGCUAUGGAUGGGCCCUCCAGCGGUACUACUCAACCCGCGCCGUUGUUGUCAACAAAGGCAUCAAUGGUAUCACAACUGAAAGCAUACGCCAUCACUUCAACUCUAUUCUAACAGACAUCACCGCCCCGAAUGCUCCUCCAACAAAGCUGUUCUCCAUCUUUCUGGGCGCAAAUGAUGGCUGUUUGCAUCCAUGGGGCGUACCAUUACCAGAAUUCGCUGCGAACAUGACUGCCUUCGUUGAGAAACUGACAACCCACCCCGCGCUGACUGGUCUCAAAGUCGUGCUCAUAGCCACACCGCCGAUCAAUGUUCGCGACGCCGAUCGGGAUACAUCGCUUGGAAGUGUGGAGACUGCAAAAAAACGGGCCGGGUGGAGGAAUUAUGUGAGCAAGAAGACAUACGCCGAGAAAGUCAUGGAGAUUGCGCAGGGGUUCGAGAAUAGGGGUGUCGAAGUCGUUGGGGUGGAUCUUUGGGGGGCGUUGGUGGACGCUGCGCUGGUGGACCAAGGCAGGGGGGAUGAGGAGGGAGGAAGAGGAGAUAGGAGGGGAAAAUAUGAAGAGGAGAGACUGCCAGGUUGUGGUUUACCAGAUUCAAGGGAGUUUCCGGAUGGCUAUUUUUGUGAUGCACUGCAUUUUGAAUGGAAGGCUUAUGAGGUAUUGACGAAGGUCUUUCAGGAGACUGUGUUCGCGAAGUGGCCUGAAUUGCAAGCGGAUCGGAUAUAA